UAAAUACUUACGUUUGUUUAAAACUAAGUUAUUAUGUUUACUAUCAAAAUCCCACCAAAUUGUUUAGAGAGUGUCCAAGAGAUUACAAAUGUCGAUAGUAGCCGCUUCAAACAGUUGCUUAAAACAAAAUGGGACGAAAUUCACGAUCAACCAGAUGUUUUUCGCUACAAAGUUAACAAAAUGAGAGAAAGAAUUGUGGAUAAUAGAUACAUACUACUGUUAAAUCCUGACCGUGGAUACAAGAGAAGAGAGCCGGAGUUCAUAAACAGUAUCCACAAGCCAUACAACCCUGAUGAGUUCAAUUUUAACAAAACAUCAACAAAGGAACAUUUGUUUACUAUGCAUGAAGAGAACAGUACAGACACCCACCUGUUCCUAGUAAAUGUGAGUCCCAUAUCCCGGUACCACAGUCUGCUGUGCCCGUCGGUCAACAAAUGCCUGCCACAGGUUGUCACUGAAGACAGCAUAAGACUGGCUUUAGAUGUCAAGUUUUUGGCGCAGGAUCGUGAUCUAAAAAUUGGUUUCAACAGUCUCUGUGCUUUUGCUUCUGUGAACCACCUACACUAUCACUUGAUGUAUGAACAGAAUACACUUCAUGUUGCAACCGACAAAUGCACCCACUUAACAGGUCCCCUCUACAUAAUAAAUAACGUUGUCCCAGCAUUCUGUUUCCAAGUGAAAAAAGAAACAAAAACUCAAGCAGUUAAACACAUCUUUAGACUGGCUGAAUAUCUCGUGUCUAAGUCCAUAGGACACAAUAUAUUAGUUACUGAUGGGGAGCCUGUGGUACCAGGGUGUAAUAACGUGGUGCCAGAGUGUAAGAAUGUGGUACCUCGGUCUAAUGAUAUGGUACCAGGGUAUAAGGAUAGUGAGGUGGUGAGAGUACUGGUGACGCCAAGAUUGAGCACUGCCGGUAUUAAAAUGCUGACGUCGUUCAAUGUGGCUGUUUUGGAGCUGAGCGGAUGGUUUCCUAUGUACAAUCCUGAUAAUUUCGAUACAUUCAGUGCGGCAGAUCUGGAGAAAGAAUUGAGUAAAUGGAAGUUACCUAACUUUGACGAGUUAUGUGAUGAAGUUAAAUCAUUGUAUUAAUUGUAUGUGAUACCUUUACCUACAUAUUAUUUAUGUCUUUAUUAU